CCUCAGAAUCGCAUACAGUCUUAAUGACAAUCUCACGAAAAUUAUGAUCGGUACAAGGUUGAAAGGACGUGCGUCAGAAUGGUUUCAUUCUAAGAGACGGUGAAAUUCUGGACUAUAUAAUCGACGGUAUUCCAGACCCGAAUCUGCGUGAUUUGGCACGAAUACAUGGAUUCACGACGAGGGACCAGAUUCUGCAGGCAUUCGACGAGAUAUCAUUACAAGGCAGAGUAUAUCCAACGACGACAACGAGUUCGAAGAGCGAAGAUAAAGGCGGUGGCGUGAAGAGUAAUCCUGGUAAAGGGAGUAAGGACGUUUUAGGUAAUAAGUGCGCGCCGGGUGAUGACAAAGAUGUACGCGAGAAGAAAGACCGAGUUACGUUGAAACGUUGUUUCAAUUGUGGACUGAGGGAUCACGUAAGUUUAAAUUGUCCGUUAAAAGAGAAAGGUGUUAAAUGUUUUGGGUGUAAUGAGUACGGGCAUAUAGCCGCUAAAUGUCCGAAAAAGGAAACAACGAAAAGCAGUUGCGCGAUCACUCAGCCACAGGGACAUAAACAUCCUAAAGAGGUAUUGAUUAACGAUGUCGCAAUUCAGGCGAUUAUAGAUAACGGCAGCGAUAUUACGAUAAUGCGUGAAGACGAGUAUAUUAAGUUAGGUUCUCCGCGAAUUGAGCUCGAGGUAACACCUUUUCGGGGAAUAGGCAUGGAAGAGAAUAGGACGAAUGGAGGAUUUUAUGCGAGUCUGACGGUUGAUGGUAAUAAUUACGUAAUCCCGAUACAUGUUGUAGCGGAUCAAUUGUCGCGAUAUAAAUUGUUAAUCGGCAGCGAUUUUCUUGACACAGUCGACGUAGAACUGAAGCGCGGUAAGCCAACAAUUAUUAAGCCGGAUUAUCGAGACGACGGUUUCGCAGAAAUUUGUCAGAUCAGCGUAAUUUCUGAUUCAGUCAUUAACGCCGUAGACGUUACUAAUAUACCCAACGAUCGUUGUUACCAAACGGUGAAACAGAUGAUAGAGAAUUACAAGCCGAACCCAACGAGCGGGCGAAGACGGUGCAAUGCAUCCUAUCUUUUAUGCGAGUGGUAA